AUGGUACAAAUGACUGUUGGUGACAUGGCUUUGAAGGUCGCGCUCCUGCUCCAAGUGGGCGCUGGUGUUCUGGGAAACGCUUACCUGCUCUUCCUCCAUGGCUCUCUGUGUAGCUCAGGGCACAGACAGAAGACUGCAGAUCUCGUUCUGUCCAACUUGGCCAUGGCCAAUUCCUUCGUUCUGCUCUCCAAGGGUACACAGCAAAUCAUGGAAGACUUGGGACUGACAAGUGUCCUGGAAGGUUCCGGGUGUCAGGUCUUCUAUUACUUGCACAGGGUGUCUCGAGAAGUUUUGCUCUGUGUCACUUGCCUGCUGAGCUGCUUCCAGUCAGUCGUGGUCAGCCCCAGGAGCGGGCUGUGGCUGGUGCUGAGGCACAAGAUCUCUAAGCAUGCUGGCUCCUCCUGUUUCCUCUGCUGGACUCCCAAUCUGGCCAUCAACAUCAUUUCUCCCAUUCAGAUCAGGGUUGCCUGGGAAAACAGCAGUGAUUUCGUCACAAGGAACAGCAUCGUUUGCCAGUUGCAGGCCACCAAGUCUGGCAUGUAUUCAAUUCCCCUGUCCUUUAUGGGAGCUCUGCUGAUGACACUCAUGGUUGUGGCCAGCGUGCACAUGGUGUGUGUCCUGCUCAGACACCACCAGAAGGUCCAGCAUAUUCACAGUCCCAGUGUCGCCCACAGGACGUCUCCUGAAGUGUGGGCCACCUACAGCAGCCUUCUUUUAGUGGCCAGCUUCAUUCCCUUUUAUUUUCUCAACAGCAUCUACGUAUUUUACGACACAAAGUCAUUUAGUUCCUACUUAUGGCUGCAGCACACCCUGAAGUUUCUUGCUACAUGUUUUCCCACCCUCAGCCCCUUGGCGUUGGUCCUGAAGAAUUCCAGAGCCCUGGGCUCCUGCUUUUAG